CAACAACAAACAGCGUCACAAAUGGGACUUGUCUGGCAUGUCACAAGGUUACUGCCAAACGGGGUACACUGGUCUGCGACAUGCCGCGAACCGCUCGGGCGCCGAUCGAAUUCGAACCAUACUCGUGGGGGCGCGGAACCUCGGACCUUGCCUUUGCUUUCAAAGAGAUGUACUACUCACCGAAUAAGCUUGUAUGUCGCCUGCGCCACCAUUAUCAUGUUGGUCGGAAAGCCGAAUGCCAGAUCUAUAAAGGACAGCAUGCCUUGAUCACCGAUCCUCAGUUCACAUUGAACAGAUGUUUCUCCCAAGUGGACGCAAGCACUAAGAAGAGAUAUCAUGCGAUCGGCAAUGGCAGAGAAGAGUCGAACGUACCAACCAGCACGAACAGGGUGAACACGAUCUUCGUCUCAAAAUCUCAGGCCAUUCUGCAGAAUUCCAAGUACCCGUUGGCAUCUAAACCGCCUACAUUGCAGCGCAAGGACAUAGAUGAAAGGUCCCAUAAGAUAAAGCACAAAGGACAGCGCCGUUCAACAAAGUCGCCGAAGAUCACUGAAGAACAAUCUUUCGUCUUGGACUUGGUGAAAAGCGGGAAGAGCGUCUUCUUCACCGGUUCCGCUGGUAUGUCGAAGACGUACAAAUGAAUGCGAAUGAUCUCUAAAACCAUCUUAAAGGCACAGGGAAGUCCUUUCUGCUUCGCAAAAUAAUUCAAGCUUGCG